AUGGAUGGAUGCAAGGAAGGAAGGAAGGAAGGAGAUCAGUUAACCUAUAUCGUCGCUCGCUUCACCGUCGACGAGCACAACAAGAAACAGACUGUGCUUCUGGAGUUUGCGCGUGUUGUGAAGGCGAGGGAGCAGGUUGUCGCUGGAACUCUGCAUCACUUGACGGUGGAGGCAGUUGAGGGAGGGGAGAAGAAGCUGUACGAGGCCAAAGUGUGGGUGAAGCCAUGGCUUAAUUUCAAACAGGUUGAAGAAUUCAAGAAUAUUGAGCUACUCAAACAAAUACUAAGAGGUGUAGGAGGACAUGAUGAUGGUGUUCAUAGUAGAGCAGAAGUUGAAGCUUAUUUUUUGGAAGCAUAUCGUCUUGUUAGAAAAGGCGAUCUUUUCCUUGUCAGGGGUGGGAUGAGGAGUGUUGAGUUUAAGGUUAUAGAAACUGAUCCUGCAAAGUACUGCAUUGUUGCUCCUGAUACAGAGAUUUUCUGUGAGGGGGAGCCGGUAAAAAGAGAAGACGAGGACAGGCUUGAUGAGGUAGGUUAUGAUGAUGUUGGAGGAGUUAGGAAACAAAUGGCUCAGAUAAGGGAGCUAGUAGAGCUUCCUCUAAGACAUCCUCAACUAUUUAAAUCUAUUGGUGUCAAGCCGCCAAAAGGUAUUUUGUUGUAUGGUCCACCUGGUUCAGGUAAGACAUUAAUAGCUAGAGGAGUCGCAAAUGAGACAGGAGCUUUAUUCUUUUGCAUCAAUGGUCUAGAGAUCAUGUCAAAGCUAGCCAAUGAGAGUGAGAGUAAUUUGAGGAAGGCUUUUAAGGAAGCAGAGAAAAAUGCACACUCAAUUAUCUUCAUUGAUGAGAUUGAUUCCAUUGCUUCUAAGAGAGAGAAAACUCAUGGGGAAGUUGAAAGGCGCAUAGUGUCUCAACUGUUGACACUGAUGGAUGGGUUGAAGUCUCGUGCUCAUGUAAUUGUCAUUGGGGCUACGAACAUGCCAAACACUAUCGAUCCAGCUCUUAGACGAUUCGGUAGGUUUGACAGAGAAAUUGACAUUGGUGUUCCUGAUGAGGUUGGCCGAUUGGAGGUUCUUCACAUCCAUACUAAGAACAUGAAGCUAUCUGAUGAUGUUGAUUUGGAAAGGAUUGCUAAGGAUACUCAUGGCUAUGUUGGGGUUGACCUUGCUGCUUUAUGCACUAAAGCUGCUCUCCAGUGUAUCCGUGAAAAGAUGGACAUAAUUGAUCUAGAAGAUGAAUCAAUUGAUGCUGAGAUUCUCAAUUCUAUGUCUGUUUCAAAUGAACACUUUAAGACUGCUUUGAGAUUUAGUAACCCAUCUGCCCUCCGUGAAACUAUAAGUCUUUGCCUUGGUUGUUAA